CCCCCACGUGGUUAGAGGUUUCCAGAAGAGCCGCGUCCGCUGUGCUGCGCACCUCUGGGUCCCCGCAGUCCACUUCGCCGCCGACCUCUGCCUGCCCGUUCGCCAUGCUCAGUGCCAGCCGUACCGCCGUUGCCCGCCUCGCCGGAGCCGCAUCCCGGGGCCCGGCUGCCGGCCUCCGCCAGGAUGGCUGGAAUGGUCUCAGUCAUGAGGCUUUUCGAAUCAUUUCAAGACGAGACUAUGCAUCAGAGGCAAUCAAGGGGGCUGUUAUUGGUAUUGACUUGGGUACAACUAACUCCUGUGUGGCAGUAAUGGAAGGGAAACAAGCAAAGGUGUUGGAGAAUGCCGAAGGUGCCAGAACCACUCCCUCAGUUGUAGCCUUCACAGCAGACAAUGAACGCCUUGUUGGCAUGCCUGCCAAACGACAGGCAGUCACCAACCCAAACAACACAUUUUAUGCCACCAAACGCCUCAUUGGCCGUCGAUUUGAGGAUCCUGAAGUGCAGAAAGACAUUAAAAAUGUUCCUUUCAAAAUUGUCCGUUCCUCCAAUGGUGAUGCCUGGUUAGAAGCCCAUGGGAAGCUCUAUUCCCCAAGUCAGAUAGGUGCAUUUGUGUUGAUGAAGAUGAAGGAGACUGCAGAAAACUAUCUAGGACAUUCAGCAAAAAAUGCUGUUAUCACUGUGCCUGCUUAUUUCAAUGAUUCUCAGCGACAGGCCACCAAAGAUGCUGGGCAAAUAUCUGGCCUUAAUGUGCUUCGAGUGAUUAACGAACCUACAGCUGCUGCCUUGGCUUAUGGCUUAGACAAAUCUGAAGACAAAAUCAUUGCUGUGUAUGACUUAGGUGGUGGAACUUUUGAUAUUUCUAUCCUGGAAAUUCAGAAAGGUGUAUUUGAGGUGAAAUCUACCAAUGGGGAUACUUUCCUAGGCGGUGAAGACUUUGACCAGGCCUUGCUCCAGCACAUUGUGAAGGAAUUCAAGAGAGAGACAGGACUUGACCUGACCAAAGACAAUAUGGCUCUUCAGCGAGUACGGGAGGCCUCUGAGAAGGCCAAGUGUGAGCUUUCUUCUUCUGUGCAGACUGACAUCAACUUACCAUAUUUGACUAUGGAUGCUUCUGGGCCCAAGCACUUGAACAUGAAGCUAACUCGAGCUCAGUUUGAGGGUAUUGUCACUGAUCUCAUCAGGAGGACUAUUGCUCCAUGCCAGAAGGCCAUGCAAGAUGCUGAAGUCAGCAAGAGUGACAUUGGAGAAGUCAUCCUAGUUGGUGGCAUGAGCAGAAUGCCCAAGGUUCAGCAGACAGUACAAGAACUUUUUGGCCGGGCCCCUAGUAAAGCUGUCAAUCCUGAUGAGGCUGUGGCUAUUGGAGCUGCCAUUCAGGGAGGUGUGUUAGCUGGUGAUGUCACAGAUGUGCUACUGCUGGAUGUCACUCCCCUUUCUCUGGGCAUUGAGACAUUGGGAGGCGUCUUCACCAAACUAAUCAAUAGGAACACAACUAUUCCAACUAAGAAGAGCCAGGUGUUUUCUACAGCUGCUGAUGGUCAGACACAAGUGGAAAUUAAAGUGUGCCAGGGAGAGAGAGAAAUGGCUGCAGACAACAAGCUUCUUGGACAGUUUACUUUGAUUGGAAUUCCACCAGCCCCACGUGGAGUUCCACAGAUUGAAGUCACAUUUGACAUUGAUGCUAAUGGGAUUGUACAUGUUUCUGCAAAGGAUAAAGGCACAGGACGUGAACAACAAAUUGUGAUCCAGUCUUCUGGUGGGUUAAGCAAAGAUGACAUUGAGAAUAUGGUUAAGAAUGCAGAGAAGUAUGCUGAGGAAGACAGGAGAAAGAAAGAACGUGUAGAAGCUGUCAAUAUGGCAGAAGGAAUUAUUCACGAUACUGAAACAAAGAUGGAAGAAUUCAAAGACCAACUUCCAGCAGAUGAGUGCAAUAAACUAAAAGAAGAAAUCUCUAGAAUGAGAGACCUCUUGGCUCGCAAAGAUAGUGAAACAGGGGAAAACAUCAGGCAGGCAGCAUCUACUCUCCAGCAAGCAUCAUUAAAGCUCUUUGAAAUGGCAUAUAAAAAGAUGGCAUCUGAGAGAGAAGGAUCUGGAAGUUCUACUUCUGGGGAACAGAAGGAAGAUCAGAAGGAGGGGAAGCAGUAAUGUCACCAGUUGACCUUGACUGGAGCAGAAAUUGGGGAAACAUUUGUGAAGCUUGGGAACAAGGACCUUCCUGAGCAGAAAUGGGCAAACUUCAGUCUUACUGUGUUUUUGCAGUAUUCUAUAUAUAAUUUCCUUAAUGUAUAAAUCUAGUGAGUGUAUUAGCUAAUUAUCAUUUGACAGGUAAUUCAGAUAAUACAGAGUUCUAAAUGUGCAUCCCCAGCCUAUCUUUAUUUUCCAACUGCAUGUAAAGGGCAAAGGGGAUUUCACUGAUCAUUAUAAUGGCUUGACACAGUUGUCUGCAGCAGUGACUGAUUCCAAAGAGUGAAACAACCAUGUCACAAAUUUGAGGGUAGGAGACCAUAAUCUUUGAAAGACUCAGUAGGGGCAGGUCCUUCUAGUUAGCCAAGUACUAAUCAACUGUGACUGGUGGACUCCUUAUCCAUAGCCCGUGCAGGGCCAGCUGCAUUGCCAGAGAAGGGAGAAACUAGAUGAAAGAGAUGGGUCUACUUUAUCUAGAACUAUUCCUUUUGAAACAAGGUGAUUAAUGAGGCUCUUCAACUUUACCCAAAGCAUUCUGUUUUCUCCACCUUCUAGCCUUUGCUUUGGGUACCUACUUUCUUGAUAAUUGUUCUUUUGAUCCAUUCUGGAUUUUUUAAGAAAAAUAAAUAUGAAAAGAACAUUGUUUUGUUGUUUGUGAAAGGACCCUAACUAGCCACUUGGCACCUGAGUAAUUUAUGGAAAACUCAAUAUGGUCAGUGUAAAAUGAUUAAAAGUUAGUACUUUCUAGUGA